AUGGGAGCCUUAUCGGGCGGCCUUCAGCCCACAAAGGGCAGCGUUACCACUCAUCCAAAACUUCGAGUUGGCUAUUACUCCCAACAUGCCGUGGAAGAGCUCGAGAAUCUGGGCCGGGAGGACCCUACCCUGACAACGCUUUCUCACUUCGGGAAGCACGCCGGCCCAGAGUAUUCGGAGCAGGACCUACGUGGCAUCCUGGCCAGUCUAGGCCUUCGCGGCAAUGUCGUCUCAGAGGUCUCCCUAGCAUCCCUUUCGGGUGGCCAACGCGUCCGAGUGGCUUUAGCACUGGCGCUGUUCGACUCGCCGCACUUUCUAAUUCUGGACGAGGUCACCACGCACUUGGAUGCAGAUACGAUCAUAGCACUGAUCGAGGAGUUGCGGGAGUGGCAGGGAGCCCUCCUGGUCGUUACACACGACCGAUACUUUAUGCGAUGUGUCGUUGAGGGCGAGAAGGUAGUUUCAGCAGCUGGGGAGGGCUCUGAGGAUGAAAGUAGUGGUGAAGAAGACGACGCGGUGAGGCCACCAGGUGUAGUCUACCGCAUUAUGAAAGCGGGACUGCACAAGCUUGAGGGCGGAAUGAACCAGUACAAAGCUCUGGUCGAGAAGUCGUUGGCGAGGAGGAAGGCUUGA